AUGCCUAUCGCCAUCGGCCUUGAAGGCUCUGCCAACAAGCUCGGGGUAGGCAUCAUCCUUCACCCCCCACAUCAACCCUCGUCACCACCUUCACCACACGACAGCGCAUAUUCAGACGACGAACUCCACUCUUCACAUCCCACCAGCAAGCAAAAGUCCAGCUCGCCUCCUGUUCAGAUCUUAGCGAACCUACGACACACCUUCAACUCCCCGCCAGGAACAGGAUUUCUACCAAAAGACACCGCAGCACACCACAGGCGAUGGGUAGUCCGACUAGUCAAACAAGCCAUGGCUCAGGCACGGGUCCGCAUUGAGGAUAUCGACUGUAUCUGCUUCACCCGCGGACCAGGGAUGGGCGCUCCACUUUCCUCCGUCGCCAUCGCCGCGCGAACACUGAGCCAAUUAUGGAACAAACCUCUCGUAGGCGUUAAUCACUGCGUCGGCCACAUCGAAAUGGGCCGAGCGAUCACAGGUGCAGAGAACCCAGUCGUGUUGUAUGUCAGUGGAGGAAACACGCAAGUCAUCGCCUACAGUGCUCAGCGGUACCGCAUCUUCGGCGAGGCAUUAGAUAUAGCAGUAGGGAACUGCCUAGAUCGGUUCGCCCGCGUCCUGAAGAUCCCCAAUGAUCCGGCGCCGGGCUAUAACAUCGAGCAGCUCGCCAAGAACGCCGGGGGCGUACUCCUAGAGCUCCCAUACGCAGUAAAAGGCAUGGACGUCUCCUUCUCCGGCAUCCUCGCCCGCGUAGAAGAAAUGGCCCUCAAACUCGAAUCCGCCGCCCAAUCCAAACCAGCAACCCCGUGGCUCGAUCCCCUGACUUCCGCUCCCAUCACCCCAGCAGACCUCUGCUUCACCCUCCAAGAGACCGUCUUCGCCAUGCUGGUCGAGAUCACCGAGCGCGCCAUGGCGCACGUCGGGGCCUCGCAGGUCUUGAUCGUGGGCGGGGUGGGGUGUAAUGAGCGGUUGCAGGCUAUGAUGGGGAUUAUGGCUGCCGAGAGGGGCGGGAGUGUGUUUAAGACGGAUGAGAGGUUCUGUAUUGAUAAUGGGAUUAUGAUUGCGCAUGCGGGGUUGUUGGCUUGGAGGAAGGGGUUUGUGACGCCAUUGGGGGGGAGUGGGGUUACGCAGAGGUUUCGGACGGAUGAGGUGCUCGUUGAUUGGCGGGACUGA